AUGGCGGCGCACCUCGCGCCGCCGCCGCAGGCCGCCGCCGCCCCCGGCGCCGGGGGCGGCCUCGGGCUGGCGCUCUACACCAUGAGCUCCGUCCUCGUGUUCGCCAUGUGGGCGCUCGUCGCCGCCGUGCCCUGCCAGGACAGGGCCUCCGCGGCCGCCCCCGUCGCGCCGGCCAAGCAGGCGCAGUGGGCGGCGCCCAUGACGGCCAUCCAGGAGCGGAUCGUGGAGGAGUCGAGGCGGAGGGACAAGAAGGGGUCGUCCUCCGGGGCGUCCUCGCCGGCGUCCGCGGGGCUCCUCGCCGAGAUGCAGGCCGUGGAGCGCGCCGCGCGGGAGCUCAACAGCCUGCUCGAGGAGAUCGCCGAGGAGGAGGACGAGGCCGCGGAGGUGGAGGCCCCGGCGUCCAUCAGCGAGGAGCGCGCCGGAGACGUCGUGGAGCGCGCAGAGGCGCUGGCCGGCGCGUGCCGGGCGCUGGAGGACGGCCUCGCGCCGCUGGAGCGGCAGGUGCGCGCCGUGUUCCACCGCGUCGUGGCCAGCCGCGCCGAGGUCGUGCGGUGCAUGGAGCACAGCGCGCGCAGCACCGCCGGGUCCGCCUCCGGCCCGCCGGCGCAGCAGCCCCAUUCCUUCUGA